AUGCCUGAAGAGAGAAGCGAAGAUGAAGGUCCAAAAGUAAGGUACGAGGAGGAUCGGCCGGACCGUGGUUGGUUGCGUGGGCUGGCUGCGGGGUUGGCGUCCAGUGGUCGGCCAGGAUACAACGGCGAUAGCGAAUUUGUACGGGCUCGACGAGAGUUCGCCAGGAGCGAGAAGAGAGGCGUCUGGGAGGCGAAACAAAAGAAGACGGAGAAACGCGUUCAAUGGCGAGACGAGGAUGUUGAGUCGCAGUAG